AUGCCGAAAAGUCAAUUUCUUGGAGUCUUCUUGAAUGGUGAGGUCACUGCGCUAGUGGUUGACGACCACAAGGUGAGCCAAAUAAUUCACCACCAGCUCCUGAACUUUUUUGGAAUCAAGAACCAUGUUGUUGGAAACAGGAAAGAGGCCAUUGAAAUCCCCUACUCGGGAAAGAAAUUCGACCUCAUUCUCAUGGACAGGGACAUGCCUGUCUUAAAUGGCAUAGAGGCGACGAAGAAGCUGCGAGAUAUGGGCGUUAGGAGCACGAUCGCUGGUGUUUCUUCUCACUCAAUAUCAGAAGAGAGGCAAGAAUUCUUUGAAGCAGGUCUUGAUGACUGUCACGAGAAGCCUUUGACAGCUGCUAAGCUCCUCUCUGUUGUCAGCAAGAUCAAGUCCAAGGCGUGAAACUUCAUGGCAUUACUGACCAGUCAU